UAAAGUCGAGACGACUGUCUAGCACUACAUACAGACUUACAGACACAAUAUUGGUUGCAUCUGUCACGAGUACAUGUGUUCUUGGAAUCCAGAUUUUAAGAUUCGAAGAAAGCACAGCGGCACAGAAAUAGAUCCAACAUCAAAUUCUGGCCUAUAAAGAAGAUUAAGCAAAAUGUUUUUAUUACUUCUGCCACUUGUGUUAGUCCUGCUGUACCACUAUGUCACCAGAAACCAUGACUACUGGGAGAAGCGGAAUGUGAAAUAUGAAAAACCAGUGCCAAUAUUUGGAACGAUAUACGAUAACGUUGUAGCUAAGAAAAGCAUCACAGAAAUAUCUGUAGAGUUAUACAAUAAGUACCCAAAUGAACCAGCGGUCGGCAUAUACAGAGGCACAACACCCGAGCUUGUUGUGCGAGACCUGGAUGUAGUCAGGAGGAUCCUAAACGUCGAUUUUGCCUACUUCUAUCCAAGAGGUAUAGGAAGAAACCCUAAGGAAGAACCAGUAUUUCUUAAUCUUUUCCACGUUGACGGUGAUAAAUGGAAGUUAUUGAGACAGCGUUUGACACCAACGUUUACGACGGCCAAGUUGAAAAAUAUGUUCCCUCUAGUAGUGCAGUGUGCGGAAAAGUUGCAAUCAGUGGGCGAAGAUAUUGUCAACCGAGGUGGAGACUGUGACGUUCGAGAGCUAAUGGCUCGCUUCACCACUGAGUUUAUAGGUGCCUGUGGGUUCGGCAUUCAGAUGGACAGCAUCAAUGACGAGCACUCCCUUUUCAGAGCACUGGGCAGAAAAAUAUUUCAAAGAACAUGGAAGAAUUAUAUUGCCGUUGCGUUAUACGAUCUCUUCCCUGAAUUUAGAACUAUUAUCCAAAAAUCUUUACGUGAAACUAAGAUAAUGGAUUCUAUCUCAGAGAUCGUGGAGAACAUUCGCAAACAGAGAAACUACAAGCCCAUUGGGCGUAAUGACUUUAUAGACUUACUGUUGGAACUCGAAAGUAAAGGUAAAAUUGUGGGAGAAUCUGUGGAGAAGAGAGACGCUAAUGGAAAACCUGAACAGGUGGAAAUGGAGAUGGAUCUAACGUGCAUGGUGGCACAAGUGUUCGUAUUCUUUGCAGCUGGGUUCGAGACCUCUUCGUCAGCAACGAGCUUCAUGUUACAUCAGCUAGCGUUCCAUCCUGAGGAGCAGAGAAAGAUUCAGGAGAAUAUUGAUCAAGUAUUAGCGAAAUAUGAUAACAAACUGUGCUAUGACUCCAUUAGCGAGAUGACAGCUCUGAGUAAUGGGUUCAAAGAAGCCAUGAGACUGUUUCCUUCUCUGGGCACGUUACAUAGGGUGUGUGCACAGAAGUACACGAUUCCAGAAAUGGGUAUUACGCUCGAUCCUGGUGUGAAGAUCAUAAUUCCAGUGCAAGCUAUACAAGUUGAUGAGAAAUACUUUGAAAAUCCCACAGAGUUUAUUCCAGAUAGGUUCAACGAUACGUCUGCUGACAGACACAAGUUCGCAUACCUACCUUUUGGUGAAGGACCGAGACAGUGUAUUGGUGCACGUCUUGGCGAGAUGCAGUCCUUAGCAGGAUUGGCAGCAUUACUACACAAAUUUAGCGUGGAACCAGCAGCCAACACAAAGCGCCAUCUAGAAGUCAACCAUGGAAGUAACACGGUGCAAUCAAUAAAAGGCGGAUUACCGUUGAAAUUAAGACUGAGAAGUAAAGAAAGUCACGUUGCUGCCUAGUUAUUAAUGUUUUUGUUCCGGGAGAGAUGCUAUUUAAUUAAAAUGCUAACUCACGUAAGUGUUCGAGAUUGCUCGGCUAUUUUCGAACCACAAUCGGAGUUCAUAUGCAUAAAACGCGCAUUUUUCAGUCACGCAAACAUCGUUGAACAGUUACGUGAGUCGCGUAUUUGAAAUAAUGAUAAUAAUAUGGUUUAGUAAUAUCAGUAAGGUAUUGUAAUUGUUGAUUAUUUUAUAAUUAAACAUUAUAUUUAUACUAAUUAUUCUUACAAUAUAAGUAUUACUUUUACACUCUACAUUCUAACUAAUUUAUUUGAAUACCUUUAAUACCUACC